AUGAAGGUGCAAAGUGACCACAAAACUAGUACAUUGUAUGCGCAAAAUGACCAAAACACUAGUGCAGUGUACGCACAAAAUGACCAGACAACUAGUACGGUGAACGUGCAAAAUGACCAGAACACCAGUGUAGCGUACGCGCAAAAUGAACAGACCACUAGUACAGUCACUACAGUGUAUGCGCAAAAUGACCAGAACACCAGUGCAGUGUACAUGCAAAAGGACCAGAAGACAGAAAGCCACGACGGAGGCGUGAUAUCGGAGAAUAUCAUCAUCAUUGGCGAGGAAGGAUCAAAGUAUCCAUACAAAUAUCGGAACGAUCGCGGUGUGGUGGUAUCGGAAGACAAUGGGAUAUUUGUGUCAGAUCUUGACACAAGACGAAUCGACGUCUACAGCAUGAACGGCACCUAUCUCCGCCACUUCCCUACCGAGUUGCCCGAUGGCAAUGGGCAAAAGAUGCUGCCUUAUGACGUUGCCAUGGACGGACAGGGUCACCUGUGGGUACCUGUAUUAAAAAGGUACCGAGAUAGUGAUGCUUAUGUAGUUCAGUACAGUCAAGAUGGCCAGCCAUUGAGCAAGUUCGCGUUUCAAUCAUCCAGAGGAUUCCCUCACAUUGACUUUGACGUUCGCACUAAUAAAAUCAUCUUGGUCAACGGUUCUCAAAUCGUGAUGUUCCAUCCUAAUGGUACACUGUACCAGACGUUCGGAAAUAAAACAGGCCUAAACAUGAAUCUGCAGUACGCUGCUUCAGACAAAGAUGGAAACAUUUUUGUGACUGAACAAGGCUAUUCUAUUGUCCAGGGAUACAAUCCCUUGGGACAUCGGCUAUUCAAAUUCGGGGGCUAUGGUAGCGGUGAAGGUAAACUCAAUUUUCCGCGAGGUAUUCGCGUGGACACUGCCGGUCACGUCAUCGUAGCUAACGAGGAAAACGGACGGGUGGAUGUGUUCACAAGCCGCGGGGAAUUUCUCCUCACUGCCGCUAAAAUCACAAAGCCGUGGAAUCUUGCCGUGGGAUCGGAUGGUCAGUUAGUAGUGACCAAGACUGUCGACAAUACUAUAACUAUCUUUCCAGGCUGGCGUUUCCAUAAUGUUUCAAAGAUUUGA